AUGAGUCGUUUAACUAAAUCGCAUCCAAUCAAUAAACUAGUUUGGCGAUGGUCUUGGUUAUGGAAUUGUAUUUUAUUACACUUAUUCAUUCUCUCGGGAAAUACAUCGACAGUUCCUAUUGAAGAUAUCAAACUUGUGGAUGGCAGUCAGUUGGCGCAUGUACUUCUCGACACUGAUGAGUUGUAUCACAGUCUAACUACUAAAUCAGUGAUUGGUUCACCCUAUUUAAAUGUGGACACUGUUGGCUUACCGACUAGUAUUCGAUUUCCAGUUGAACCAAUCAGUGGACUGUUUUUAAUUCCAACCUCGUUCGAUGAAUUUAAAUAUUCAACUAAUUUCGAUAUGAUCGAUUGUCCAUGGAAUUUGACAGCAUGUGUUUCAGAUCAAUUCACAAUUCGAUUUACCAUGCAACCAGAAGAAUAUACACCGAUUCCUUCUAAAACUCAUGUCAUAAGUUUACUAGCCUCGCACUUCACUGGUGAAGAAACAUCAUGGGCACUACAAUUCUACAUUCUUCCCGGGUCAAAGUUAUCCAUCACUUGGGGUCAAUUACCAAACAAAAACCGAAUGAAACACCAACAAGUACACCAUUUCAUACCUUUGACAAUGAAUACUUGGAAUACAAUCGAAGUCACAGUCAAUUUAAAAUCGAAUAAGUUGACUUCAAAAGUUAAGAAUAAGCAUUCUAUUGAAUAUGAGACAGAUUCACUUGGUGAGCUUACUGAUACCGAAAAUGAUCGAACACUUAUGGUUACAAUCAAGGCUGAGGCUUUAAAAAACUUUGUUGGACUAAUGUUUGGACAAGCUUCACAACUACAAUUAACUAUUGAGCCAGGUAUUAGUUUCUUGUUGAAAGAUUUCCAUCUUGAAUCACCAGACAUGGUAAAGCGUCGUAGACCUAGACGUUUAAGCAAUCUGUUCGAUCAAAUACCCACCAACCCAAUCAAGUAUAUUUCAUCAGUUAAUUUUCCAGAAGGCAGUUUUGUCCGUUAUGACUUUCGUAACCGAUUACAAAGAUCUGUGGAAGAAGAAGUGUUAACAAUUAACUUCACUUUACCCUUUGGUGUCACUUCUGGUCUACUUUGGUUCAGUGAAGGUGAACAGUCAAAAAGUUAUGUGUAUAUCAAGGACUCAUUAUUGUAUUAUAUUUAUGCAAUUACUGAUCAAACUGGCAAGGCUCAACGAACAGUUACGGAGGAGAUAUUCUUGAAUUCAUCACUGGUCCCAGAAAAGCCUCAAGUUCUUCAGCUCAUACGAGAUAGAGAUAAUCUAACGAUUACGCUUGAUCAUCGUAGCCAUGCAAGUAGAUCAAUAGCUGGUCGAGCUCCUUUAGUGUCUACAGAUGGAAAAGUUUACUUGGGUGGAUCAAACAAUCCAAUCAGAGAUACAGAAGGCAAGGUGGAUAGGACAUUUGAAGGACGGAUUACAAAGGCUGAAAUAAUAAGAAAAGGUGAUAAUGAUGUGAAUCUUUUAAACGUUCUAAUGGAUCCAAAUUGGAAGGAUUCAGUUCAAAGAACAGGUAUCACAGAUGUUAGAUUUCGUCUACCUAAGGCACAACUUAUCAUUGGACCAACAUCAUCAAAUAAACGUGGUGGUUAUUCAUCUCUUGAGUCAGAAUUUUCACGGAUUCCUGUACCAAUCACUUAUAUGGGUACAGAAGAUUCAAUUGUACGAUUUGAUACUUGGAAUUUUGAGUUGUAUCGAUCAUUUAAAAUUGAAUUUUCAACUUAUGAACCGAAUGGGAUUCUGUUCUUUGUUGGACCUGAUCAAGAGCACAGAGAUUUUGUCUGUGUAGAAUUAUUCGAUGGGAAUGUUUACUUUGUCUAUGCAGUUGGCGGUCAUUAUAAGCAUAUUCAACUGAAUCCACUAAAUACUGUUGUCAAUGAUGGCGGUAUUCACAGUGUUUAUGUCUCGCGGAAUGCACAACAUCGAUUCACGGUAAAAUACAAUAAUCAGCUAGUCGAUGUUGAAGAGGGUAAAGAAGCUCACCAAGCUGCAUUUUCCACAUAUACUUACAUCGGAAGUAUCGACAAUGUGGGUCGAUUGCCAUGGCAUGUUUGGUCACGUGAAAACUUUGCCGGUUGUAUUCAUUCAAUUUUAGUGAAUGAAAAUAGCUAUUUGGACGUUUCAUCACGUAUGAUUCAGCAUACAGAUAUUGGUCGAGGCAUUCGAUUAGGACAAUGUGAAGUGCCUAAACAACGCUGUAACGAUAAAAUCUGUGGUGGUGGUCGAUGCUCUAGACGUUCAUAUCCAUUCUUGGAAGAAUUGAAUUUUGCCUGUGAUUGCAGUGAAUCGGAUAAAACAUUCCCAGAGAAAACAAUGGAUAUUCGUCGAUCUGUAGGGUGUCAUCGAGAUGCUCCAAUUCUCGAAAUGGAUGGUGAUAUGGUAUAUGUGGUUGAUUUUGAACAACAAAUCAAUAAAUUGAUUACACACACAGAUGACAUCAGUUUACAGUUCAAGACGGAUACACCGAUAUCAGGACAUGCUAGUUAUUUACCUUUGUUCUAUUCCGUAUCACGUGCAGAUAAAUCAUAUUUUCGUGUGGACUUAGUAGAUGGACAGAUACGUAUUCAAACGAAUAUUAAUCACAAGGGGAAACCACAUGCCUAUGAGGAAUUCUCUCUACCAAGUGCUAUGCUGAACAACAAUCAGUGGCACACGCUACAUAUUGCUCGUCGGGCAGACCACAUAGUCAUAUCUGUUGACAGAGCGUCUGUAACCGGGAAAAUACCUUUACUAGAUCCUCAUGAUACAUUCCAGUUGAUUGCACAACAGAUCUAUUUAGGCAGUGCUGGACCACCGAAUUUUGGUUAUUACCAGGAUCCUGCAACCAAGAAAACAAUGCUACCACCAGGACCAAGAUUUGUUGGUGAAUUUAGAAAUUUCUUUUGGAAUCAGUAUGAUUUAAUUGGGACCAAAGUCUUCCCAACCAAGUAUACAGCACAUUUAUUGAAUCCUCCGGCUAUCAGACACACAUUCCCAGUAUGGCCUAGGGAACAUACAUAUGCCAUAACUUGCAAGUCUGGUCUUAUCUAUGCGCAUCUGGAUCGACCGAUUGAAAUGAAAAAUGGAGGUGAUACUUGGUUAAUUGAAUUCAAAACUAAUUAUGACGGAAUAUUGUUCCGGGCUCGUGAUAUACGUAACCCUGAUCGAGUUUAUAUCACAGCGAUAAUUCUUGGCGGUCGUAUACAUAUUGUUUAUUCACUAGACGAUCAACAAGGCGUUUAUCAGUUGACUGGUGGACCGGGUGCAGACAAUAUGGCUGAUGGAAACUGGCAUCGUCUUGCAAUUACACUAAGAAAAUAUAACAAAGAAAUUUUAGCCUAUUUAGAUGGUUACUCGAACGAGUAUUUAGUUGGUAAAAAUUUACGCGUAGAUUUAUUGUCUCGAUUUGAUGUCUUCUUCGGUGGUAUACCUGAACAUGACUGGUCAAAACUGUUGGGUGUAUUACGUCGAUAUGCUGACUCAUCUUUGGCAAUGAGUGAAGUUAAAACUGGACAGCAACCUUCGUUGACCGGAUGUAUUGGAUCAUUUAACAUCAGAGCUAAUAACUUCACUGAUAAUUUAUUAAGGCUAUACGAUAGUUAUUUAACUGCUUAUCCACCUAGUGAAUUAGUCCGUGGUUAUUGUUUAGAUUUAAGGCGUUGCACACCAAAUUUCUGUCGCAAUGGUGGAACAUGCAGACAGAUUUCAGAAAAAGAAGUUCAAUGUACAUGUACAGGAACUGGUUUUGAAGGGCCUAGAUGUGAAAAUCCUAUCCUUGAAUGUCCACCAGGUUAUUGUAGGAAUAAUGGACGCUGUCAAAUGAUAAAUGGUCAACCAGUUUGUGAUUGUUCAGGUACCGGUCAUACUGGUACAAUGUGUGAAAUCAGUCCAUGUAGCAGUGGUACAUACUGUCAAAACAAUGGACGAUGUUAUAUGAUGGGGUCAGUUGCAACAUGUGAUUGUAAGGGGACUGGAUUUCAGGGAGGUCGUUGUGAACAGCCAAUAUGUAGGCCUGGUUAUUGUAGAAACAAUGGAAUAUGUCGAGUUGAUUUAAGCGGUCGUCCAACAUGUGAUUGUCGUACUACUGGAUUUUAUGGUGAAUAUUGUGAGAAACAGUCGUGUUCACCAACUUUCUGUGAUAAUGGAGGUUAUUGUCGUACUGAUGCAACAGGUGCUCCUGAAUGUGUCUGUAAGGGAACUGGUUUUACAGGUCCAAGAUGUGGUACACCGAUUUGUAAUUCUGGAUUCUGCGCUAAUGGAGGCCGAUGCUACAUUGGAUUUAAUGAUCAACCUCAAUGUAAUUGUACGAGAACAGGAUACUGGGGUGAUCGUUGUCAAGUUCCUAUUUGUACGCCUGAUUACUGUUCAAAUGGUGGUCAUUGUAGGAUAUCAGAAGAUGACAAACCGUAUUGUGACUGCCGUGGUACUCAGUUCACAGGAUUCCUUUGCAAAGAUCCAGUUUGUACACCUGAUUAUUGCGGUAGAGGACGUUGUUCAGUGGGACCAGAUGACAAACCGAUAUGUGAUUGCACAGGGACUGGAUUUUCUGGACCAAGAUGUCUUGAUUCCAUAUGCACUCCAGGUUACUGUGCCUACGGAGGUGUGUGUACGGUUGAUCUUCGCACACAGCAGCCCAAAUGCAAUUGUAGAGGUACUGGUCAUGAAGGUCCACGAUGUCAAAGUCCAAUAUGUCCAGUUAAUUAUUGUGCAAAUCAUGGUGAGUGUAGGGUUGGGCCUGAUGAUCGUCCAUCAUGUGACUGUUCAAGAACUAACUAUGCUGGUCCAACAUGUAAUAUACCCUUAUGUCCACCGAACUACUGUACAGGACAUGGUAUUUGUGUAGUUCGACAAAGAAACCCUACCUGCGAUUGUUAUCCAGGGUUUAGAGGAUCAAGAUGUGAAAUAGAGGUGUGUCCACCGAAUUACUGUAUGAAUGGUGGUACUUGUUACCCUGGACCAGAUCAUCGUCCACACUGCACAUGUUCUAUCAAUUUCGAAGGCGAACAAUGUGAAAUGCCUAAGCAGUGUCCACCGGAUUAUUGUCUACACGGUGGUCGAUGUGAAAUGGUUCGAGGAAUACCGAAAUGUGAUUGUCUAGGCACAGAUUACAAGGGGACGCAAUGUGAAAUACCGGAAACAUGUCCUCCAGGAUAUUGUCAAAACAAUGGGGUUUGCUUAGUGAAAUCUGGAAGUUAUGUAUGUGACUGUACAGGAACUGGUUAUCGCGGAAAGACAUGCACAGAGCCUAUUGCCUGUCCACCAAACUAUUGUUACAAUGGGGGAGUUUGUUCAGUUUUUCCAGGAAAUGUUUAUCGUUGUGACUGUUCUAUGACUGCACGAACGGGAACUCAGUGUGAAAAUGAUGCUCAUGGUAUUCAUAUUGGUUAUGAAAAGGACGGUUACGUAAUUUAUAAUUUAAUACCAUCUGUGCGUACUGUUGAAGACAAUGUUACUCUUGGUUUCAAAACGUAUAUGGAUUCAGGUACUCUAGUCACUUUUAUGACAACUGAUGGAAGACACUGGGCAAUAAAGCUGCGUGAUGGACGUAUUGUUAUCGAUUCGGGUGGAAAAAUCUCUCAUGAUUUUGGAAUGCGUUCAAAUGAUGGCAAUUAUCAUAUGUUGAAUGUUGAACGGAAGGGUAGGACAAUGAUUGUUACACAAGAUGGAGAAGUGCUUCGAUUAUCAUUACCAGGUUUAGUUGAUCCCUAUGACAACAGUAUCACCUACAGUGCAAUUCAUUUAGCUGCUGAUGAAAAGAAAUCUGAUAUAUUCCGUGGUGUAAUUGGAGGAUUACAUUGGAAUGGACGAUAUCCCAUAAAUGAUUUACAAUCUGGUAGAGUUACAUCAUCUGGGACAGUUAUAGUUGUGCCUACACCAAGUUUCCCUAUACUUCCACCGAAACCUCAACCUGAGUGUAUACCUGGUUACUGUUUGAAUGGAGGCAGAUGUUAUGCACAAGAUUAUCAACGAAGAUGUGAUUGCCGUUAUACUGCCUACAAUGGAGCACGAUGUGAAAGACAAGCUCGAGGUUUUAUGCCAUAUAGAGAAGAUAAUGGAGCCUAUGUGAUUUAUCAUAUUCAGCCGUUGAACAGAACCAAUAAAGAUCAUCUAAGAGUUGCUUUUCAAACCUGGCAAUCGGAUGGACCAAUUGUACGUGUUAUACAAACAGAUGGAUCAUACUAUGAAGUAUACUUGCGUAACGAAAAACUUUUCGCUAAUAUCAAUGGUGCCGAAUUCCGUAUCAGUAAUCCAUCACAGAUAUUCAACGAUGCUAGAAUGCAUGUUAUCACUAUGGAUCGUGAUAAAGCCCAGUUCAAUUUCACAGUCGACGGACAUCAUACAAUGUAUAAUAUACCAAGUAUUGUAUCUGUGGACGGUUCUUUGAUAUCACAAGAGAUUGUUCUUGGAGCUGAUCGAAAUUACCAAAAUACUUUCAGAGGAGUUAUUGGAGCUUUCUACUGGAACGGACAAUAUUUAGUCAACGAAGUCGGUUCUCUUGUCUCCAACGCUAAAGUCAUGACGGGUCCAGGAAGAAAUGUAGCUAAAAAUAUGGAUGAGAUAGUGGUCGUCCUUAUGCCAGAACUGCUGAAACCAAGUGGACCAAUUAAAAAACCAGAUAUUGGACCACUACCUGAAGCGUUACCUGAAGGAACUAUAGCUGGUGGAGUUGUAAUGCCUGGAUUGGGUACAGGUAAUGCUGAUCUUGGAGCACCAAUCUAUGUAUCUGAUGGGAAAGUGUUUGGUGCUGGUGCAACUGGUAUCAAUGCUGGCACAGGACUUAUACUAUCUCAAGCUGGUGGAUUAUUCGGGUUGGGUGGUGCUAUGGUUGAUGCACUUCUGGCUGGAUUACUCCUCGCUUUGUUAUUAUUAUUAUCUGCUUUAAUAUGGGCUUGUUGGCGCUGUAAACCUGGAUGUUGUGGUUGGUGUGCUGGAAAAGCCAGUGGCAUAGGUGGUGGUGGACGCAGUGCAUGGGAUCGAUUAGCUGCAGUGUGCUGUGCUGCACCAGAGAGUGCAAUUAUUGUAAAAGAAAAGAGACAUUUACUAAGUGACAAUGGUAACGUUGGAGUAGUUGAUGGAGUGACUGGUGGUGGUAUGACUGCAACAAGUCUGCAGUCCCUACAGACUCAGUCACGCAUCAUUAAACCUCCUUUAUCAGUGACAAAUUAUCCUAUUGGACAGCAUCAUAGGCUGGAUCUUGGUGAUCAAAUUGAAGCAUCUGGUAUUUCAACAAUACGCAUUGAUCAGCCUAUUAUGGAUGAUUUAAGCGCUCGUCAAAAUGUUUACAAUAUGGAGGGUAUGAAAGUUGACUGUGUUGUCAUCACAAAGAAUAGUAAAUAUGUUGUAACUGGUUCAGGAAUGGGUCCACCACAAGUUUGGGAUACUCAGUCAGGAGAUUUGUGCAAAAUCAUGGAUGGUCAAGAGUUUGGUUGCACAGAUCUACAUUUAGCCUGUGAUGAUACUGUGCUUGUCGCUCAGGUUGUGGAUGACAUCGCUGGCCUGGAUACACUGAAUGAACCGAGUGAAAUCAAGGUGAAACGUCUGCAAUUAUGGGAUUUCGCGUCAGGUAGACAACUUGAAAUGCCAAUGGAAAUCAUGUGUACAGCCACGUGUAUAACACGUUCAAGUGAAUAUGUGAUUGUCGCUCAGGUGACACAAGAAGGACCAGCUAUACUUGUCUGGAAUUUACCUGGUAAUCAAUCAGAUCAUAUUAUACCAUAUCAUCCAGUCAAUUCAUUACUGAAAGAUUCUAUCACCUAUCUAAAUAUCUCUAUGGAUGAUCGCCUUGUUGUUGCUGGACUGAAUAAUCCCACAGAUGAAUUGGCCUACUUUAUGGUCUUUGAUUUAACUGCUAGUUAUGUAGGUGUACAUCAACCUAAAUUUAUCACAUUCAAUGGUAAAUGUGAAGCUACUGAGAUUAUUGGAAACGAUGAAGCUGUCACAGGCACACGUCGAGGUGAAUUAUUUGUCUGGAAUUUGUUAACUGGGCGAGUUAUGCGUCAAAUUCAAAUUAGUGCUACCCUUGAAGGUGGAAAUCCAACUGUACUACCUCCACACACUGAGACAAUUCAUUGUGUAAAGUUAUCCGCCGAUGGGCAUUAUUUAGUCACUGGUUCACAGGAUCAAUUGGCUAGAAUUUGGACAAUGCCUGAUGAACGUCUACUGCAUACACUGGAAGGACAUGCUGAUGAUAAUUUCAAAAGUUUUAAGAGGAAUCAUGAUAAAGAUUUAGGUGCUUCUUCUGCCUCCGAUUCUAAAAUGAUGUUGAAUGUUAUCUUCAAAACAUAUGCUAUUCACUAA